AUGGGUGAUAGAGAACACCAAGCAAACAAGCCAUUUUUAUUCAAUAUGAAGCAUGGAGAUAUGAACAAAUUGAAACUGAAGCACCACUCAGAGGGCCAGCACAGCUAUGUGCAAGUGAUGGUGGAUGAUAUUGACAUGAAAGAAUACAAAAGUCAAUAUAUGAUUGAAGGAGAAUGGAUAACUGUUGCUAUCGCUGCUGAUAAUGUAGACAAGAUAGAACCAGCUGGAGAAAUGAGACUCUAUUGUCAUGAAAUUACUUGUGAAGAGGAAUGCAAGAUAUUGAAAAUCACAUUUUAUGUCCAUGAAAAUGGACAUUGCUCUUUGACCACAGUCACAGGGUAUUUGCAAGAAGAUGGUGAAACCUACAGAACUCAGUAUCAAGGGGAUAAUCAUUAUGUAGUUGUGAAGCAGACACCAGAGAACAUAGUCUUUUACAGUGAAAAUGUUGACAGAGCCAGCCAGAAAACAAAAUUGAUAUUUGUUCUUGGACAUAAAACUUUAACUCAUGAACAAAAUGAGAAACUUGUGGAAUUUGCCGAGUCAAAGCACAUCUCUCCUGAAAACAUUCGAGAAGUCCUGGAUAUAGAUAUCAAGAUGAGAAUUGUGCUUCAUAACCUCUUGACUGUAGAAUCAUGGUUCCUUAGAAGGCAGUUAGCUAUCAAGAAAGAAGAAGCAGAUGCAGUCUUCUCUGAGGAUAGGAAGAGUGAAAGGGAGAAGAAUAUAGACAGUGCUGUUACAUCCUCUUUCCUAUAG